AUGGACUGCGCAAAUUCGAACGGCCGCGCGAUGUUCGUGCCACUGAGCUCGGGCGAGGAGAGCUACCUCCGACAGGAGGACGCGCGCCGGCGCCGCAAGCUCCGUCUUAUUCAGGUACGCGAGGAAGAAAAGCGCAUCGCUCGCGAGCGCAACGCAUGGUACAAACGCCGUGCCGCCGAGUCCACCGAGGCCAAGCGGGCAGAGCAGGCCACAGCAUUCGAAACGGAAAAGUUGCUCGUGCUAUCCAACUUGCACGACAAGUACAAGGCUGCCCUCGCUGCGAUCGGAGACGCACAGCGACAUGCGCACGAGUACAACGCCAACAUGCAGAUCCGCGCCAAGCAGCAGCUGGAGCUUCUCGCUGCGAGCGACGCCAUCGUGGAUGACCGCUUUAAUGGCGCGCUCGUGACGCAACAGAAGAUGCAGCUCAUCCGGGACGAGCGUGAGCGUGUGAUCCGCGAGAACAUGCGCAAGGUCCAGGCCAUCGCCGAGCGUCAGCGCCGACACGCCGAGAAGGUGGCACUUACGAAGCUUGAGCGCGAGCGCAGCGACCAAGUGCUCAAAGGUGGGAUGGCGCGUCGUGUCCAGGAGACAGCAGCGUACGUGACCUUGCCCGCGGACCUGAAUACGACCCGACUUCAUGCGUCGGCGCCACUCGUCCAGCGCCACAACAUCCGCCACGCAAGCGUUAUGGACGGCUGGGUCGAGGGCGACAGAAAGCGGCUCGACGAAGACGUGCGCCAGCAUACCGCAAUGGAGGCCCGCAGCGUCGACGUGCAACGGGCCGUAGCCCGGGGCACGAACGCCCAAGACAUCGUGACGGCCCAGCGCGAUGCCGACGCCGCCCUUGACUGGCUUUCGUCACUUGAGCGCCAGAUGAAGAACGACCCACAGCGCCACGACAUUAUGUACACGCUAGCAGCAAAGGCUGAGGCCGAGGACGGGGGCGAGGUCCUGCGGGAACGGGCCUUUGAGUCACUCUUCCGCAGCGACCCAGUCAACGACAACCAGGACGUGCCUGCACAUGUACCGUUUGAGCAACCCGUGCCUCAAGAAGCCCUUCCGACGCCCAGGAGCGCCGCGCCACGACGACGACGUCCGCCUGCCAUUCCCGCGGCUGCCUUUUACCCGCGACUUGAGGACCCGACGCGUGAUGGUGUCGUUGCAGACAAAUUGUCCCGAGAGACAACCGUGACGGCGCCGCUGACAACGAGUCCCGAAGCUGAGAAACAAUCAGUCUGCCCAGAGGCGCUGCUACGGGAACAAGCAGGGACACUCGAGUAUGAUCACCCAGCGCCUUGGCAGCCGACGGCGUCGCCACCACGAGCCCCGUUGUCGGUACAGCGACCGCCAGUGUCAACCAAGACAAAGUCAAUCCCAGAGCCGCAGAAGACUGUGGUUGUGGGCGUCGAUGAGUGUGUCAAGCCGCUGACGCCGGUGCUCUCGCCUCCUAUCAUGCCCCAGGUCGUCCUCGAGAAGCUCGAAGAAGAUAUCGUGGUGGCGUCGCCCGCACAGUCGCCCGCACCGUCGCCCGCACAAUUGCCCGCACCGUCGCCCGGCGCCUCGUCAGUGUCGACACCGGUGCCGAGUCUCAGUAUUACGCCGACGUUCUUGCCAACCCAUCGAGUGCCAGGGACAAGCGCUACGUCGAAUCAGCGUUUUCCGUCGAGUGUUUCGACGCCAGAGGGGUCGAUGCCGGUAUUGCGCUUCCGCGAGCCCAGUUCAUCGUACGUAUCCACACCCGUCGUGACGUCUUUCGGGUCAAAUACAUCGGCCGUACGACCUACGAGUGCGCGGACCCAAGACAACGUCCAAGCCACCCGUGCCUACGAACCGACGACGCCCGAUGCGACGGACGCGACGCUCCAGUCGGCCAAGGAAGCGUCCAGCAACAGCGCUGUGAGCAGUCUGUCUGAGCUGCCAAGGCACGCCGACGGACCCAGCGUCGAUGUUGGUGACGUUAGCUCUGUCAUCAUCUCGGAACUGACGCCAAGCAGCGAGCUGCCAUCACGCGCAGCAAAAUCGAGCAUCAUGAUGAAUCUCUCGAGCAGCGAUCUGCUGGACGUCAGUAGCGCCAGCGACGACAACUGGGCAUCCCUCGACGACCUCGCCCGUCGGUACUCGGUCUCAUCUUCGGACGAUUCGCUCCUUAUGGACAAUGUCCGUGCCACGACAGCUCCCAAACCCAUACUGUCCCCGGCAUCCUCCUCGGUUUCGGUGUCUUCUGGUUCGACGCAGCGCAGUCGCAUUCCUCGCAGGCGCAUCGGGAACAGCGCUGCCUCGUCCACGUCGUCCGUGCAGACAGCGUCAGCCACCAAGGGCGACGCUCCUCUAGACGAUCUACUUUUGCCUAAGCAGCAAAAUCGCAGUGCAUCGUCGUCGUCGAAGUCGUCCGUGUCGUCGCUGCGACACCAAAGUACGAUCAAAUGGACAGCCUCGCGCAACUCGGCAACGUCGGGUAUCAACACCACGCCGUCGCUACUGCGGGCAAGCUCCGGUGACGACGACGUGGCGCUACUACCUGCGUCCCACUUCUCGACGCUGUCGUCAAGUAGUUGCGAACAUGACAUGUCGCUGACAUCACACCACUCGGCCGCCGAGUCGCCUUCCGCACGCGGCGGUCCGAAUGAGGCACCGAUGCUGCUUGAAGAGAUAGAUUCCGAGGUGAAGAUGCCGCUACCAUGCUUCGACCUUGGCUCGUCUUUGGUCUCGUCGUCGUCGUCGGACUGGAAUGAUGCAAGCUCGCUUCUGCGCCAGUCCCUGCGGCGACGAUCUCAUCAACUUCUCGGCUCGAGCAGCAGCAGUAGCAGCAGUACAGAGUUGACGCCGACUAGCAAUCCCACCAAAGCUCGCCAACGAAUUCUGGACCUUCUCGGCGGCUCGUCAUCGUCGUCGUCGUCGAGCUCAGAUGGCUUUGUCGGAACGCCUGGUGUUGAACUGGAUGCCGAGAUCAGCAACACGCUCCAGCGUAUGCAGCGUCUCAUGGGCGAGAGCAGCCUCCCGCAGUACACGCUCUCCUCCGUCGGCGACUCGGUUCUAACGAGCGACGUGAGCUCUUCCGUGACAAUUGGCCGUACUACCGGAUUCACGACCCAGUCCCUACUUGACGACGGCCGUGUCGGCGUUGGAAACCUCUCGUCGAGCGUAUCUUUGUCGUCGUCGCUGACUGACACGGCACCGAUCUCGCAGUGGUUCUUGGCCGUUCCCAAGGGGUCUGCACCGACGGCUGGUCUCUCCUCCUCGUCGUCUUCAAGUGCAUCUGGAGACUCGAAGCUUGCUGUCGCCGACAUGUUCGAGCAUCCACAGACCGCGCACCCGACUCCACUUACGAUCGCCGACGGUCUCGACCGCUCAAUCGACGUCGCUCGCCGUACAAGUCCGCGGCACUCGGUCAACGAGAUGCUCAUGUCCGAAUCAUCGUCCUUGUCGGACUGCGAGGCCUCCAUGGCCGCCAGAGUUUUACCGAGGAAGAGCCCUGCGUCAUCGCUGCCGUCACUCGUUUCGGACAGUGAGUGUGAUAACACCCCGGACUUUGACUUCCUGGGGGGUCGCCGCAUGAUCGCCAGCAGUUCGUCCAGUGCCAUGUCGAACGACCAGACGCCCGUGCACCACGCCUCAAUGCCCAGCGCGUCGGCUUCGUCGGAAUCUUUGGCCAACGAUCCGACACCCGUGCUGCACGAUGCCUUGGGAGCCAGCUCUGAUGAACCGGCGGCUUGGCUACCGAGUGCGUCGGCGUCGUCGCAGUCGCUCGCCAACGAUCAGACGCCCGUGCAACACGCCGCUUUGUCGACACCAAGACUGCGCUCGGUGGUUCCUAUCGACGCCACGAUCGAGUUUCUUGGCUCGAUGAAACUCAUCUCGUCGUCCUCGUCAUCGUCAGUGACGUCCAGCGCACCGUCAACCUUUCACGACCCACUGCCCGCAGAUCUUUACGCCGGCGCUGGCCUCGCCGAUACGUCCCACGAUGACGCAUACUCGCAAUGGCUGGUCGCGCCCCUCGGUGGCCCCCCAUCUGCGGUCGCCAGUGGCGAUGAGGAAGAGAAGGCUGAGGCACCAGUCGCCCCUGUUGAUCUCGCCGUCAUCGAUUUGUCGCAAUUGAGCGCGUCCUCGCACAACGAUGACGGUAAUGACGAGGCACCCCGCGUGACUGCGUGGUCGGUGCUUCGGACCGAGGACGCUGUCAUGGAUGCUCCGUUAGCGUCAUUUUCUAGUCAUCACGGCCUCGAUGCAUCGUUCGACGAUAGCAGCUUUGCUUCCUCGUCGUCCUCGUCGUCGUUGUAUACUGGAAGCGAGCCGUCGCUCUUUGCGCAGUCACUGCUGCCACCGAUGCCCUAUCCGUCGAUGCCGAUGCACAUUCCUCCGCCACCAGUGGCCAUCGACUUUUUGAACUCGUCGUCGUCCAGCAGUAGUAGCAACAUCAGCCGUCGGCCGUCGCUUCGAGACGACAACGCACCGUCGAUCGCCGACCAGCUGCGCUUGCGAAACCCGCAGCUGUUUGAGCGCAUGCAACGGCGCAAGGAAACAGUCCAGUACCAAGCGCCACCCGUGCCAGCGUCUGCGCGGUCCUUGGCAGAGCGGCGCACCAAAGCCGAAGCCGACCGCGUUGCGCAGUCGAUGUCAACAUCGAGCAAUCCGACGUUGGAGCGGCUCAGCCACGGCGAGCGCGCACGUGUGUCGUCCAACGAGAUGAAAUCGCGAAGUCGGCGACUCUACGAGAAGCUGCCAGAGGUCGUGGAGCGCAAGAGGCAGCAAGACAUUUUGAGCCAGCGGCUCGAACGGCUGCAGAAGCUUCGUCAGGACGAGAAGGCGCGAAGGGGAGUCGCCCGAGGUGCUAAUAACAGCAAGGGUGCGUAAUCGAUGAGCGGACGAGGCAACGAAACAAAAAGGCUGCGUUUGACUACUAGAACACACUCUUUGACCUUGCCUUUUUCCACAUAAACGAAUAGCAGACAGGCUACUACUGCUGAAACACCAGAUUUGGUACAGCACAGCCGGAUUAUAAGCUUAGUAGGUGCGCAGUUGCACUGCAAAAGUGUCGGCCAACGCGCAGUACAAGCCAAGUGGUAAAAUACGUGUAAAUUCACUGUCAACUCC